CUCUUCUAGUCUCGUGCUGCCUCCCGACGGCCGAUCUUCCUGACGGGAGCUUUCAGAGUGCGGUUGCUGAGGAGAAGCUGUCGCCACCCCGCCUCCGGGCCGAGUGAGGGUUCCUGUCGCGCCGCGUCGCUCCCUGCGCCGCCACCUUGCCCUCAGUGGCGGGCGCCCUUCUCGCUCGAAGCACUCCCCCCAGCUCCAUGAAUGGAAAUCGGCUCCGCAGGACCCGUUGGGGCCCAGCCCCUACUCAUGGUGCCCAGAAGACCUGGCUAUGGCACCAUGGGCAAACCCAUUAAAUUGCUGGCUAACUGUUUUCAAGUUGAAAUCCCAAAGAUUGAUGUCUACCUCUAUGAGGUAGAUAUUAAACCUGACAAGUGUCCUAGAAGAGUGAACAGGGAGGAAGAUGGGGUACAUGACAUGGUACCUGAACUGAAUAGUUGCCCAGUGGACCAGAGGAAAGAAUAAUCCAUAUAGAGAGAACAUGAGCAAAGUCUGUGCACCAGAGCAUGAUGGAGUCAAAAGACUUGGUACCAGAAUGUAGGAAUGGUGGUUGAGGGAGGUGGUUGACUCAAUGGUUCAGCAUUUUAAAGUAACUAUAUUUGGGGACCGUAGACCAGUUUAUGAUGGAAAAAGAAGCCUUUACACAGCCAAUCCACUUCCUGUGGCAACUACUGGGGUAGAUUUAGAUGUUACUUUGCCUGGGGAAGGUGGAAAAGAUCGACCUUUCAAGGUGUCAAUCAAAUUUGUCUCUCGGGUGAGUUGGCACCUACUACAUGAAGUACUGACAGGACGGACCUUGCCUGAGCCACUGGAAUUAGACAAGCCAAUCAGCACUAAUCCUGUGCAUGCUGUUGAUGUGGUGCUACGACAUCUGCCCUCCAUGAAAUAUACGCCUGUGGGGCGUUCCUUUUUCUCAGCUCCAGAAGGAUAUGACCACCCUCUAGGAGGGGGCAGGGAAGUUUGGUUUGGAUUCCAUCAGUCUGUUCGGCCUGCCAUGUGGAAAAUGAUGCUUAAUAUUGAUGUUUCUGCCACUGCCUUCUACAAAGCACAACCUGUAAUUCAGUUCAUGUGUGAAGUUCUUGACAUUCAUAAUAUUGAUGAACAACCAAGACCUCUGACUGAUUCUCAUCGGGUAAAAUUCACCAAAGAGAUAAAAGGUCUGAAGGUUGAAGUGACUCAUUGUGGAACAAUGAGACGGAAAUACCGUGUUUGUAAUGUAACAAGAAGGCCUGCCAGUCAUCAAACCUUUCCUUUACAGUUAGAAAAUGGCCAAACCGUGGAGAGAACAGUAGCACAGUAUUUCAGAGAAAAGUAUACUCUUCAGCUGAAGUACCCACAUCUUCCCUGUCUGCAAGUGGGGCAGGAGCAGAAACAUACCUAUCUGCCACUAGAAGUCUGUAACAUUGUGGCAGGGCAGCGAUGUAUCAAGAAGCUAACAGACAAUCAAACCUCCACUAUGAUCAAAGCAACAGCAAGAUCUGCACCAGAUAGACAAGAGGAAAUUAGCAGAUUGGUAAGAAGUGCAAAUUAUGAAACAGAUCCAUUUGUUCAGGAGUUUCAAUUUAAAGUUCGGGAUGAAAUGGCCCACGUAACCGGACGUGUACUUCCAGCACCUAUGCUACAGUAUGGAGGCCGGAAUCGGACAGUAGCAACACCAAGCCACGGAGUAUGGGACAUGAGAGGGAAACAAUUCCACACAGGAGUUGAAAUCAAAAUGUGGGCUAUAGCUUGUUUUGCCACACAGAGGCAGUGCCGAGAAGAAAUAUUGAAGGGUUUCACGGACCAGCUGCGUAAGAUUUCCAAAGAUGCAGGGAUGCCUAUCCAGGGCCAGCCUUGCUUCUGCAAAUAUGCGCAAGGGGCAGACAGCGUGGAGCCCAUGUUCCGGCAUCUCAAGAACACCUACUCUGGGCUGCAGCUCAUUAUUGUCAUCCUGCCAGGAAAGACGCCAGUGUAUGCGGAGGUGAAACGUGUUGGAGAUACACUUUUGGGUAUGGCCACACAAUGUGUUCAAGUCAAGAAUGUAAUAAAAACAUCCCCUCAAACUCUCUCAAAUCUGUGCCUAAAGAUAAAUGUUAAACUUGGAGGGAUCAAUAAUAUUCUUGUACCUCAUCAAAGACCUUCUGUGUUCCAGCAACCAGUGAUUUUUUUGGGAGCAGAUGUCACUCAUCCACCAGCCGGUGAUGGGAAGAAGCCUUCUAUUGCUGCUGUUGUAGGUAGUAUGGAUGCCCACCCAAGCAGAUACUGUGCUACAGUAAGAGUUCAGAGACCCCGUCAGGAGAUCAUCCAGGACCUUGCCUCCAUGGUCCGAGAACUUCUCAUUCAAUUUUAUAAGUCAACUCGGUUCAAACCUACUCGUAUCAUCUUUUAUCGGGAUGGUGUUUCAGAGGGGCAAUUUAGGCAGGUAUUGUAUUAUGAACUACUAGCAAUUCGGGAAGCCUGCAUCAGUUUGGAGAAAGACUAUCAACCUGGAAUAACUUACAUUGUAGUUCAGAAGAGACAUCACACUCGAUUAUUUUGUGCUGAUAGGACUGAAAGGGUUGGAAGAAGUGGAAAUAUCCCAGCUGGAACAACAGUUGAUACAGACAUUACACACCCAUAUGAGUUUGAUUUUUACCUCUGUAGCCAUGCUGGAAUACAGGGUACCAGCCGUCCUUCACACUAUCAUGUUUUAUGGGAUGAUAACUGCUUUACUGCAGAUGAACUUCAGCUGCUAACUUACCAGCUCUGCCACACUUAUGUGCGCUGUACACGAUCUGUUUCUAUACCUGCACCAGCGUAUUAUGCUCACCUGGUAGCAUUUAGAGCCAGAUAUCAUCUCGUGGACAAAGAGCAUGACAGUGCUGAAGGAAGUCAUGUUUCAGGACAGAGCAACGGACGAGAUCCACAAGCUCUUGCCAAGGCUGUACAAAUUCACCAAGAUACCUUACGCACAAUGUACUUUGCUUAAAAAGUCUAAGAAUAUUCUCUGAAAGGAAGAACUGGAAGAUGAAUUUACAUACAACUUAUGUUUCCAGUGAAGUCCAUUGAGUGGGAAUGCCUCCAGCCAUACAGAAACCAACACUGUGUGGGGGCCAGGGUCUGAUCUUUAUGCUGAUACAAGGAAGAUUGUUUACUUCAUCAAGGAACACAGCACCAUUAUGCAAUAUGAAACCAGCCAACUGCUUUUUUUGUGCGGUCUCCUGUAGGAAGUAUCGCAAUUGUUUUGUUUUCACUUUCUUGUAGUCAAACCCUUUUAAUGCCUUUACCUCAAGUUGCUUGGCAGCACAACUCUUUGCAAAAAAAAAAAGUAAAGAAAAAGUAAAUGAUGGUUUUUAAAAAAAACACAGCUAUAUGAAUAAUCAAAGUGAUUGUUCACAAGUUAUGUGUGCAAAAAAUUAAUGUGUAUUCGUGUAUCCUUGUAAACGGUAUCUGUAUAUUUUACAUAUAUACAUGCAUACUGCAUAUGCAUAUAUAUCUGGAUCUACAUUGAUAAUAGAUAUAUAUGUAUCCGUGUAUAUAUUUUACAGUUCAUUCCAUUGGGGAACUUUCUUUCCCUUUUAUUAUCCUCCCACUACCACUUUUAUUUCUCUCUCUACCUCCCUUGCCUUCAUCACCUACAUUUUUUUUCCUGAUGCUACCAGUGACAUUCAAAUGUUCAUGUAUCCGGUUCAUUUGAAAAUGAAGCAUGGCAAACUAGAUUUUUAUUUUUAUUUUGCACACCAUACUCCUGUCUCUUGUCUCAUACACAAUUCCGAGUCCUCAACUCUUAGUAUUGCUUUCUUAAGAAACAAGAUUAUUAUAUAUAUGUUUUUGUGAGAGUGAAUGUUCGCCCCUUCCUGCUCUGAACUUACAUUUGCCAUUCGUGCAAUGUGUACAUAAGCAGUAGCAACCCAAACUAUUCAUUUUCCUUAGCGAGUUUGUUAAAGCUGCUAUAAAUAUUUAAAAAAAAAAAAAACCUUGUCAGAAGGUAUAACUCUCUCUCUAUAAGUGAUAUGUAUCCUAAAGCCUUCUGUUUCUAUGUGUUAUACAUAGAAAUCCCUUAAAGCUUUUAUAAAGGGUAAAUAUUUUAAGUGAUUGGAACUGCAUAGGGUUGAGGCCUCUGAAAUUGGGUGGAGAGAAGGGGUUGUUGAGGUUUCUUUUAUUUUUUAUUUUUUUGCUAGUUUACUUGCUGCCUCUCAUACCUUAAUGUGAUUUUCAUAUAUAUAUAUUUUUAUAUAUAUGUGUGUAUAUAUAUAAACAUAUAUGUAUGUGUUUUGAAGUAUAGCUUCCUUUUCUUUUAUAUUUAUUAGAAUAGUGCUUUAAUAAUUAUAGAAUCGUAUUGGCAACAUCUUUUAUAGAAAUAUAAUCAUGUUUAUUUUAAGAACUGACUUGUUUUUGCUCUCUUUUAGUGCAAUAAGCAGUUUUAAAAGAAAGCCGUGUCUGUUUGACAUCUCUACCACACAUAGUGGGAGAAACAGGCACCUCCAUAAUUUUACAAGGGCAAAGUAAUACAGCCUUAAUUUCAGAAGGAAAGUUUUGUAAUUUUCAAGUUUAAAGCACGUCUUUUAAAAAUCAUAAUGAAAAUGAGGGAAGUUAAUUUUCCUAAGUGAGUCUGACCUUGAAUAUUAGAAAAAAAGUUGAAGAACUUUGAUUUAAGUAAUGACAAUGACUAGCUUAAGAUUUAGAAGACAUUUAAAUUCUUUGAAAAUAGAUAUUUAUUGAAGAAUCAUACUGGUGAGGUACCCAUCUUCAUUUACUAAAAUGAGUCAGGAAAAUAUAAAAUGAUAUUUUUAAAAGUUUUUUUGCUAAUUCGUCACCGGUAUAACUUUCCUUUUAAAAUUAAGGUGAAGGUGACAAAGGCAGUUAGGACUUUGAUCAUUCUAAAUGAGUUAAAUCACUGAAAUGUUGAAAAAACUUUUGCAAAACUAUUGUUUUAUUGACUUUAAGAUAUUAAAAAGUACUCUGAAGCUGUUAAAACCAAGUUCAUCAGUAACCUUGGAUUCAGGGGAGCUUUGCACUUUGUGACUCAUGAAAAUUGCAUUUUAUUUUUUUUUUUUUUUUUUUUUUUUUUUUGCACUGGUUCAGAGUCUAGGUAUUAUGGAGUGUUUCCAGUGGGCAUUGUUGUUAACCUUUCAGAAUUCCAUCUGCACAUGAAAACAAAUAGAUUAGCUCUUUAGUUUCUCUCUUACCGAUAAUCUACACUUAUUGCCAAUUUACUGUAUUUUGAGCCUAAAAUCUGAGCCCAUGUCCUCCAACAGGUAUAAAAUCUUUUGUCCCUCUGCCAGAAAACUAAGAAAGUACUGUAUUUUGUAUGUUUAUUAUAUUGAAGUGUCUGAAAUGCAAUUUACAGCACUGUUUCAAAGCUCUUUACAUAAGGUAAUAUUUGUGUAGUAUAUACAUUUUUCUCCCAACCCUCCCCCUCCUCCAAAAAAUUCCUAUAAAGCAUGUAUUUUUUCUACAUUGAAAUUUCACUGAAUAUAGUCCAGAACAUGGGCAAGAGGAGAAAAUAGUAUAUCCUAGAUGGUAAAAACUUGACUGCGUGUGUUUGCUCAGUAUGAGUAAAACCUCUCCCUUUAUCACUGGGAGUUGCACAAACUCAUGUGGGAAACUUCAGGGCCCAGGGAAGAACUCUAGACAACCUUUGCCUAUUUACCGCUUUACCUAAUUUACAGUCACUUAAUCUCACAUGUGCUAAAGUAAAGCCCAUGAUUUAAAUCUAUUUAGAAGGACUUUUACAGAGGAAAAAAAAAUUAAUAUAAAGCUUUACCUUUGAAGUGAGUUCUUUUUAGGGUGCUCUUAGAGUUUCAACAUCGCUAGUUAAAAGUUGGUUAACUUGAAAGUAUAUGUAUAGUAUAUUUCUAUUUUGCUUACUAACAAAUUGGUAUAUCAAACUUAAUUACAAGAAACUUUGUGCUUAGAAUUUUAAGAUAAAAGACUAAGUGGCAAAUAUUUUUUGAAAUUUGUUUUAAUUGUUAUUAUACGUCUAGUGUAGAAUUCCUGAUCUUUUUUAUUUAAAAAAAAAAAAACAAAACAAAACAAAAAAAAAGGUUAUUUUGAGCUUAAUGGUCAUGAAACUCAACAGUGACCUUUCUGUUCCUGUCCUUACUCACUAACUAUACAAUGAAUGCUAAAUUUUGGUCUGCUGUUUUCUGUGAUAUAUGAGUCACUUUAAAAUGUCAGUCCCAGCAACUGGUAUACUUGAUUUUCAUGUGAAGAAGAACUGGGAGUUUAAUGUAUAUUCUGGAUGGCAGAUGUGUCUGUGUAAAGUGCUGAUACAUGUUUUAUAUUACAGUAUCGAGUUACUGGCAUUGAGGACCAUGCGUUUCUAAUACUGUAGCUGCUAUAUUUAUUUAAUGAAGUAGAGUCUGACAUUACUGCACUAAACAGUAAGGAGAUGAGCAGGAUUCAAGGCUAGCAUUACCCCCCCCCCCAUUUUUUGUCCCUUAAGAAAGAUUAAGAACAUGAAAUAUCAAGGUAACAAAGGGUGCUGCCGGUUUAGUUUCAAUUUAAUAUCAGGAUACUCUUUCUUUGUUUUAGAAAUGUGGAUUUUGACUUUAGCAGUUUUGAUAAAGGGUACCUCAGCCUCCUCAGUACUGAUUUUUGGCAUAUUUUCACAGAAGUAUAGAUGCCCUUUAUUUUAUUUCUUAAUAUUUGCCUUUUAACAAGUUUCUCAGAAAGAGUAUCCUUUUAUGGAAAUCUUCCUGUUUAUAACCUAUUAAUUUAUCUAUCUUCCUAGAAGAGAGUCUAGAUGGGAUUCUAAUAGGAAUAUACUGGGUGUUUUAGAAGGCACUUAAUAAAGAUUCACCUCUACCUUCUAGCAUAGAGACUCCUAGCCUUCUAAAAACCUAUACUAGUUUUCCAAACUAGGUCCUCUGAUGACCCACCACUGCCUAAAGUUUACUUCCUCUAAUGAAUGUUAGUAUGUCAGACCUCAUGACAGGCUUAGUUGUGACAAACAUAAGGUAUGUCUAGGGAAAUAAAAGCUGAGUUGCCAUUCAGUAGAAAUGGCUGGCAGAGGAUCUCAUUGUUUAAAGGAAAGAUGGACACUCAUAGUGCUACUAAUAGAUCUAAAGGAUGUAUUAUAGGCCAAGAAUUAGAGACUAUUACUCAAGGAAUUUGGUGGGUGUUUGAUUCAACAUGAAUUUGCCAUGGUUGUUACUUUUUAUGAAAUCCAUGAAGCUAGCCACUUGGAUUCAGUUAGAAUGUUUUAUAGCCUUGCUAUUGAAACUUAGUAGUAUUGUUUCACCAGGAAGCUUAGCAGACAACUCUGCGUAAAUUUUAUUCAGUAUCCUUAAACCUGGCUUAAAUACAUUUAACUCAUCCUUUUUAAGUGUUUUCCUAUUGAGUACUUUUAAAGACAGGUUGCCCCCAAGAGUAACUUGCUACUUAAAUUAUCUUUUAUGAGUUAUCAGUCAAGCUGCAAAAAAGACACCAUUGGCCUGGCACCUUUAUUCUGGCUUUUUGAAUCCUUUUCAUUCUUUUUGAGAAUUCAUGGAUGUCUUAAACUUCAAUAAUCAUAGUUGGGAGACUUUAUAUCAAGUGAGGCCUUUGUGAGUGGCAGUAUAGUGCUGACUCUAGAGUCUGUUUUCCUUUUUUUUCUCAUUUGAUCAUAUAAAGCACUUUGUAAUUUAUAGGAGUCAAAAAAUAAGCCAAGAAUAAUAUGUUAAAUCAGUACAUAAAUGUGAAAGUGAGAAUUUUCUCCAAAAAAAUUUUUUUUAAUUCCUGCUUAUACUAAGAACAUUCUUGAUCAGUGGCAGUGUGGUUAGUGAAACCUAAGCUGACUCCCAGGAAGAAAAAAAAUCGACCUCUCUCUCUCUCAUAUAUAUAUAUAUAUAUAUAUAUAUAUAGAAUCUCAAAGGGAAAAUAUUUUUUACUUUUUCCUAGUUUUAAAAAUGGUACAUUUCAGUUUAUAAUUUUCCAUGUUGGUCAGAAUAAUUUAUUUUACCUAAUGGUAAGGGCUUAUGCUAAUAUUAUCUACUGCUAGUUGAAUUUUGUUUUUCUUUGCCCAUCAAAGAUAGUGCUCUAGAUUUUUACAUUAUUGUAAGAAUAUUUUGAUCUUAGAGUAUGGAAGUUAAAGAUUUUAAUUUGAACUAGAAGGUUAAUAAAUUUCAUAUGGAGGGUUGAGAUUUACCAAUGAGAAGCCCUGUUGAAGUAUCAGGUAGCAAACAGUAUGACAAAGUUAAAAUGCUGUUGAAUCAUCCAGCCAGCCACUGGUCUCCCUUCUUUUUUAUUUAUUUAUUUUUUCUUGUCUUUUUAUGGCCACACCCUUGGCAUUUGGAAGUUCCUAGGCUGGGGUUGAAUCGGAGCUGCAGCUGCUGGCCAACACCACAGCCACAGCAACGCAGGAUCCAAGCCACAUCUAUGACCUACACCACAGCUCACAGCAGCACUGGCUCCUUAACCCACUGAACGGGACCAGGAAUCAAACCCGCGUCCUCAUGGAUGCUAGUCUGGUUCGUUACCACUAAGCCGCAACAGGAACUCCUCUCCCUUCCUUUUUGAAAUCAAUGUCUGAGGUAACCAAACUCUAACGUGUGUCUAUUGUUAGGGUCUCAGUAAAGCAAAGAUGUUCUUCAGGGUAGACGCUGAAUUAAAUUUUUAAAUCAUUUUUUAAAGCAAGGCGGUUCUUAGAAAGUGCCUUUUCAGAAGAUGGUGCUGUAGAUUUUUAUUUUUCAAAUAGCAUGAGGCAAAAAUAUAAAUUAUUUUAGAACUCCAGGAGUGUGACUGAUUUCAUAUAAAUAAUGUUGUUUGUUGUCCUGAAUCCAGUCUAGGGGAACCAAGUGAAAUAUCUAGGUUAAUGCUCACCAAAUGUAUUUUGUAAGUUUAAAAACACAAUUUUUUUGGCCAUGCCCACAGCAUGCAGACAUUCUCAGGCCAGAGAUCAAACCCACAUCAUAGCAGUGACCCCAGCCACAGCAGUGACAAUGCUGGAUCUUUAACUGCUAGGCCACCAGGGAACUCCUUAAAAACACAAUUUUUAACAGAAUUAACCCUUUCAGUUCUCAGCUGUGUUGAAGAUAAUCUCUAAGGCACAUAAGACAGCAAAUUUACUUAACUUUUUAACAAGAAUAUGGGUAUGAUAGCAAGUGCCCAAAGGCCAAGGUAGCUUGCCAGAAAUUACGUCAUAGGCCACCUUAUUUUUUCCCAGCAUAGAUUGACCCUUUUAUAAAUAUCUGUUGGCAGCCUCUUCUAAUUAAUCUUUAUUACAGAAGACUGAUUAUAAAGGUAGAGCCAAGUCAUCAUGAAAUCAAAGAGCAAAAGCAAAAUGAUUGUGUCUCUAUCUUUAGGGAAAUUUUCAUUUUCAGGCACCAAGAAAUAUUCUAAAUGUUUCCCUCUUCUUUCUAGCAUAAGUGAAAAAGGAUCACAAUGCAUCUAUAUAUGAUCAGUUAAUCAGAAAUAGAACAUGGAAAAUUGGGCUUUGGAGGAAAUAAGUGAAAGGAAGGAUAAUAGGAGGACCAUUCAUACUGAUUGGAAAUUUAGUAAUCUACCAGAAAGCAAUUUUUCCCUGAACUAGGAAAUGGUAAACAGCAGUAAAUGAUCACCGAACCAGUUCUUGCUUGUGAAUUUGGUGAGCAUUCUUCCAGAAAAGAAUAGACUUAAAAACAGACAAAAAAAAAACACCACACCUCAGUAACCUUGUAUGCUGCAUUAUGUAAUAAUGAUAGUAAAGUAUAUUAAUUGUUUGGAGUGUGCUAUUUCUGCCUGCAGAUACACAUGCACAUUAAACUUUUUCAUUUUUUAUAAUGUCUUAAUAGCAAUUAUGAGUUUAUUUUUAAUAUUAAUUUUCUAUUGUGAUGUUUAUAUUUAUUGGCAAUUUGCGUGCAACUUUUAUAUUUUGCUUAGAUAUUGGUUUUAAGGUAUUUUAUUUUUAUAGGUAUUUCUAGCUUUUCCUCUUUCUUUGUAAUAUUAGCAAAGAUUAAGAUGGAAUGUUAAUAUACGAACCAAACUACUAAUUCCAUAAAGUCUAGAGUUUGGAUUUUUACCAAUAAACCAUUAACACUAUUUUGUAAUUUAGAAUACUUAAUGUUGUUUAUAUAGUGGGCAUUAAAAACAGUCUUUAGACAAAUUUCUAAAUGUGGAGGGGAGGUGGGGCUUUUCUAUAAGUUAGAUUUCUUUCCCUUAAGUAGCAAACUGAUACUAACAGGUUGGUUUAUUUUACCUGAUCUGCAGUUUGGGGGUAACUUGUCAAAUAAAUGACUCUUAAAACAUUUCUUAUUUCUAACGUCAACCACAUUGAAACUGGUGAAGUGGUUAUAUUAUCCAGCAUUAGAAUUAUGAUACGAUUUUUAUAGACCUGGAAAACAAAUAGCAAAUGAUCCAAAAGUCAGUGAUAACUGACUUUGAAAUGGAGUGUGGAAGGUUUGCUACCCCGAUCUUUUCCCUCCCAUACUUUUAAGUUGAUCCAGCCCUAGCAUCAGUGAAGAAACAGUUUAAAUGGCUAGGUAGAAUCAGAGAUAAAGACUGAUUAACAUAGUAUUUCUGUUAAUUAAAAAUUCAGCUAAGUAAUAAUUAUGAAUGUGAAUUAAUUAGAAGACAGUAAAAUUAAUUAUUCACUGAUUAUAGAAUGUUAAUUUUAAUCCUGUAUGGUCAUUCCAGCUUCCUAGUGAAUAGAUCAAGAUUAUUUGUAUUGACAUCAGCUUCUUAUAAAGGUAUGAAUUCUCUUAGACAAGCAAAAUAAUACUUCCAUUGUAUUUUUACACGGUGAAUUUGCUUGGUAAGCCAUUUUUAAUCUGUAAGAGAUUAAAAGAUGAACUUUAUCCCAUCCUCUGAGCUUUAAAUUCUAAAUUAUCGGGGUUCAAUGUAUAUGACAUUUUGUCAUACUAUAUUCUUCCACUCAGAAGGGGUAGAUGAAAAUGUUUCAAGUAAUUAUAACUAGAAAAAUGUUAUUUUUAUAUUAUGUGAAAUUUUACAAUGUAAAGUGAUUCAGCAUGUGAUUUCAUAUAGACAACAGCCAUAUCAUUUUUUUUCUGCAUUUGUGCCAGUUACAGUGGUUUUGGGGUUUUUUUUUUAAUAAUUACUAUUCUGAGCUACUUCCUUUACCCCCACAUCAAGUAUUAAGUGAAGGUUGUUAUUCUGAUUAUAGGAAUUUGUUGCUACUAAAAAAAGUAAAUAUAUUUCAGGCAGUCAUAUAUUUUUGUUGCAGGUAUAUGCCCCUCUCUUAAGGAUAUUUAUUGUGGUUAUAACUUUGUUUUAUUCAUUGUUUCAAUAUUGUCCUAGGUUGACAGGCAUAAUUCUUUUAGACCAAUAUUUUUAAGGCAGCUUUGAGUAGAAAUCAUCCUUUAUCAUCUUUUUUUCAUUUUGAAAGCUCAUAGGAAUGUGACACAUAGAACUUAUUUUCCACUUUUAACUGGCUCCAUAAAUCAGGGUACCCGGCAUCAAUACUGAAUUACCACAGUGAAGUACUUGGUGACUUGUUCAAGUUUACAGUUCACCUGUUAGAACUGUUGUGUAUAGUCUUAUGUGCAUAGAAAACAGAUGGGAGUAUUGGUCAUUAAAUGUUUCUUGUUUUGGUUUCUUUUUUUUUUUUUUUCUUUCUUUCUUUCUUUCUUUUUUUUUUUUUUUUUUUUUUGCCAUGCCCAUUGGCAUGUGAAAGUUCCCAGGGCAGGGAUCAAACCUGCUAGGCCAGCAGGGAACUCCUGGUUUUAUUAUUUCUGAAGACUGACUGUAUGCGCACCUAUAGUUUUAAGAGAUUGUGCCAGAGAGUAGAGAGGGAGAUUACUCUGGCAUUUAAUGCCUAAAACUUUCCAUCUUUAUUUACUUCUUGGCUUUAGUUGGACAAAUAAAAUCCCUUAAUUUGGCCCUUUAUUUUCAGAACCAAAGCAGGAAAGACUCUUUCUACAGAAAUGUUACAGGUGUGACACGAAGUCUGUGUGAAGAAAUGGACUAGUGAGAUUGCAAGAGUAUGUAGUGAGGGGGGGAAUUGAGAAAAAGAAAGGGUUUGGUUUUUUUUUGGUUUUUUUCUAGAAUCUUUGGACAGAAACCUUACAGUUGUUUAAUAUUAGUCGAGUUCUCAUAGUCACAUUGUAAAAGAGGAACUGUUGGUAUCUGAACCUAGAGAAGAAACAGAAGAGUGCCUCUAUAACCUAAAUUUAUUUUAUUUGUCCCAGACCUAAAGCUGCAUCUAUUUUUGUUAAAUUAGAGACAUUGCUUUCGAACUAUAAUAAAUUAAAUGAAAUACUGCUCUAUGUGAAGAGCGAUGCUCCUUAAAUAGAGCUAUGCACAGCAAAUAAUAAAUCUUUUUGAAAAAAAAUAAUAAAUAAAUAGAGCCAUGGCAUUGCUAUCAACAUGGCUUCUCCAGCUUUUCCCUUUAUAUAGAAAACACCAAACAGAGCCCUUCCAGACAAGGUAAUCUUCCCCAUAAAGAAAAUAUUUUGGGGAGGAAGUGGGAGGGAUCGGGAGCUUGGGCUUAUCAGACACAACUUAGAAUAGAUUUACAGGAGAUCCUGCUGAAUAGCAUUGAGAACUUUGUCUAGAUACUCAUGUUGCAACAGAACAAAGGGUGGGGGAAAAAAUGUAAUUGUAAUGUAUACAUGUAAGGAUAACUUGAUCCCCUUGCUGUACAGUGGGAAAAUUUUUAAAAAAAUAAAAUAUUUUGGGGUAAAAGAUUUGGGAAAAACACUGGUAGAUUGUAAUGGAGGGAGAAUUUUGCCUAAAAUAGUCCAACCAGAUGAAUGGAUACAGUUUGAUCCUAGGGAGUUAAAUAAGAGGAAGCUGUGGUUUGGGUAGCAGCAGACUUGAAUCUCUGGUGGUAAUUAGCUGGAAAUAUCUCCCUGUCUCACAAAAAGGGAAUGAUCUCUCAUAAUAUUAAUGGUGAUCCUGCAAGUGUGCAUGUGCUCUUUCAAAAGUCAGGAAUAGCAAGCCCUGACCAAAAUCUUCUAAUACUUUAUCCCUAUAAGAGUCUUAAAUCUUUUCUAGGAGCUUUCUCAUUUCUUAGACCAGAGUACACCCCUUUCUCCUCUUUAAAAAAAAGAAAAAGGAUUUAGAGGCAAUUUAUAUAGAAUUCCACCGUGAGUAAAUAAGAGAGUCUUUAAAAUACUUGGGGGAAUCAGUACCACAUGCCACAAGUUAAUAGCUUGAUUGAGAGACUCUUAGAGUACUUUUUUCAUGUUUGGGUUCUAAAUUUUUUCCUUGACAUACCAUUCUUUGAUUUACUUGCGUGCCAGUCAUUUUGUUUUGGGAUGUAAUCAGUGAUUUAUGCCAUUUAUGAAUUGGGUUCUUCUCUCCAUCCCAUACCCACACACUAUUAAAAAUAAAAGGGGAGGAAUAAAACAAAAGGAGAGAUAAUGAGAAGCAUUAGAAUGUAACUUUGGCUAAUAAAGAAGGAAAGAAAUUCUAACUUGGUUAAAUGAGAAUUCAGAUUGAAAGUGUUUGUACUAAAGGUAUUCUCUCUAGCCAUAGAAUUUUUUGCUAGAUAUAGGGUGCUAAUGUGAACAGAAUGUAUAUCUGAAUAUAUCUGAAAUAUGAUGGAUGUUAUAGCAAAGUGAUAAAAUUAUCUUGAAAAUAAUACUUCAAUCAUGUGCAACAGAUGUCCAUAUUCUUUUUUUUUUUGAGAUGCCCAUAUUCUUAAGGAAAAUUAAUAUAGCUUGUGGUUUUAAUGAUUUAAACUUUAGAAGGUUUGUAACUUUUAUUCUGACAUGUCUUCUUAAACAUAUAAAAAUUAUAUUGAAUGAAUACUUAAGAAUAUUCUUUCCUCUAAUUUACAUAUUGACUUCUUUUUCAUACCUCAGUUCUGUAGAUCUCUCACACGUAUGCCUCUUGGUGUGUGCAGAACUCUCCAUAAACAAAUUUUUUUAACUCAAUCCAUUUCCUCAUCAAACCUGAGCUGUAAAGGAGAAGGCAAAGAUAGGUUUUAAAUGCAGGAACCAGUAGAAGAUCACAACAGGAAAAAAGACUGUUGAGAACUUGUUGCCUUUGAAAGUAGAAAGGGCUCUAAAAACUUGAGCUGAGAUUUGAAGUUUAGUCAGAGUUCUACUACUCAUUUGCUCUGUGUCCUUAAGGCAGUUUCCUUAAUCUCUUCGUGCCUAGGUUCUCCUGGUAAAAUGAUAGUGAUAGUACCUGCCCUCACCUACCUCACAAAAUAGUUGUAAGAAGAGGAUAAUGUUAGUAGAGUGCUUGUCCCGGAAAGAAAAGCUAUUCAGAAGAUUGAGAUAAGAGAAUGUUGUUGUAUGAGGGUCCAUUUCCAGUUUGCCUCUGUGAAAGUAAUGACCGUUGACCAGGUCACUAUUAAACAGGUGUAAGAGAAACUUAGGUUUUACCAUGGUAUGGUGUUCACUUAUACGUGUAUCCUGUUCUGUUUCUCCCUAACAGAUAUCUAGCACACAGGCUGAAUUUUUCUUUAUAGUAAUCUUUGGGGAAGGUAUAACUUCAAAAACCAAACUCCUUUUAGUGGUGCUAUGGCACUUGUGAUUGUAUUUUGAGUUAGAUUAAUAUGGGGAAACCAUCAGAUAAUCAGAAAUUAACUUUGCCUUUUGCCUUCAGGCAUUUUUGCUACAUAUUGGCAUCAGAGGUUGUUGUACAACCAGAUAAUUAUCCCUUUGUUUCUUGCAGAUUUUUGGUACCUUUUUUUGGAGUAGGGGGUUAGGUUUUAAGAGGGAAGGUAUGCUUUCCACUUAUCACUUCACAGAGUUGAACCUUGCUUCCCAAUCACCAUGUACCUAUAAAAGUGAAAAUAUAGUAAAAAGUUCAUUUCUUCACUUAAAUUCAGUUCUGAGCAUCUGCAGGUGAUAUCCGGCAACCUAUUAGUGUCUGACCCAGUUAUCUUUAUGGAUUGUGGGCAGAACCUUACAUUUCUACAGGUUUACGCACUUUCCUGGGGGAAGGGGCUCCUGUUUCUAGGAAAAAAAUAAAGGGCACAUCACCACAGGUUGUUAAAACAGAUAAGUUUAUUUUGUUUAAGGAAAAGAUGCAUUUUAGGUACCCAGGGUAUGAAUGCAUUCAACAUCUAUUUUUUAUCUAUGAAGACGGUGACCUCCUCUUGUUGCAGGCAGUUUGGGCUUUUCCAACUCAUGGCUAACAUGGGUGGUAUAUGUCUUAGUUUUUAUAGGAUAAUGAGAAUUACAGGUACUGAAAAUUGGGGAGAUUUAUGCUUGGAAAAUGAACAAAAAAACCAUCUUGCUGGCUAAGAUAGCAAGAACAUUGGAUAUAUCAGGAAUACUUUUAAAUAGUUUUUGCUAUAAUGUGUAGCUUUAAAAUUUGUCUUCAGUUAUGGACCCAUAAAAGUAUUAGCGUAUCUUGUGAAUAAAGAUCAUUCUUGUGGGCUAGUAUAUGGAUGCAUUCAUAGGCUGUGGGAAGCAGUGGUGUGUGUGUGUAUGUGUGUGUGUGUGUAUGUGUAUAAAUAUUGUUUAUAACACUGUGUAUUACAUAAGUUUAUAUAGAAAAUAAUGUGUUUCUUUAGUGUUUUGGGGACUAAAAUUGUAAUAUAACCAUUCCAGUGUAAUCUGACCACUCACUCUAGAGAACAUUUAUAUUACACACAAAUGCACACUCCUAAAACAUUGCUAACUGCUCCCACUUUAGAUAAUUGCUGCUUUUUUUAAACCCGAAGUAAUGGAGGAGGAAAUAGCACUCUUUUUAAAGGGGCUUUUCUGAAAAGUAAAAUGUAAAUAUAGGACCUGUGGGAAGGGUGAGGCCACCUGCAAGUGUCCUACAGAUGGACAAAUAGCCUUUUAAAUUUUACUUUUUAACCAUCUUAACCGUGUGUGCCUAUUUGUAUUGCAGAUGUGAACUAUUUUGGGGGGUUGAUAUCAGUCCGUUUUGAAAAUGAAUUAUUACAUAAAAUCAGAGUAACCUCUUUCUCCAUCCUCCUUUUCCACACUGACUAUUCUUGCCAAAUAUUUCUACCGAUACCAAGUUUCAGCAUAAUAAAAUGAUGGACUCUCAGAUCUCCUUCCUCAUCUUCCCUAUCCUGUCUUACACCUGGCCUGGCCUUAUGUUUUUUGUUGGCUUUUCGUAAGUAAAAACAAUUUACUAUAGUAAUUUAAAGACUGCAGAAUUUCAAAAUGUUUGUCUAUAAGCCUGACUUUGUUAAUGUUUCGUUAAACAGUAACAUCAGUUAAAAUAUUGGAGUGAGUCUGAGUUUGUAAUGUGUUAUAAAAUCUUGAACGAUACUAAACUUGACUGCCACAUUUUAUUAAGAGGAAAUUGGAUUAUAUGGUGGGUGGGAGCUAGUCUAUGGUAUAUAUGUAAUCACUGUAUAAUUAGAAACACCAAGUGCUGAAUCCUAUUCACUGUGUACUUGAGGGCCAGUCUUUGGAUAUGGUUGUCAUUUUAAUUCCUUGAAGACCAUAUGUAAUUAAGGUGAGCAGAAGGCAAAUAAAAUUUUUAAACAAAAAUGCUUUUUGGGGUAAUUAUACCCCUCCAAAAAAAAUUUACUAUAAAAAACUUAGAGUUGAGAUUGAGAAGCUUGAAGAAGCCGCUUUUUAAGCAGUUCAGUCACUUACAAUAUUUUAUGUUAAAGAAAUUGUCAUAAUUCUUUCUGAGCCAAACUGUCACUAAAAUGUCCUGUGACAGAACCACUCCUCUUUUUUCUGCCAUUCUGUGUACUGGAAGGGUUCUAUGUUGUAUUUGUUUUUAAUCUUUGAUUUAAAAAAAAUGGUUUUAGUGUUGCUUAGCUUCAGGUUGAAGUGUAACUUUCACUAAUAACUGCAAUAAAAAGAAAAGCUUUGCUCCAAA